AUGGUGAACACCUUUAACGAGGAUCCUGCAACCAAACCAUUGUUCGACACCAUCGAUACUCUCCGGCACUUUGAUCUCAAGACAAAUGAGAUACCAAUUCCACAACUCGUCGUUGUCGGAGAUCAAAGCAGUGGUAAAAGUUCUGUACUCGAAUCCAUUGAGCAGGUUUCACUCUUGCGCCGCAUGAUGCUCGAGCCGACGAAGCUUCAUCUUCCGUGCCCCAAGUUCAUGUGUCUCCGGAAUCGGAUAAUUCCAGACGCGUCAUUGAUCAUACAGAGCGGUAUUACAAUUUUUGUGGGCUAUGUGAACGCACUCGUUGUCCAAGGUAUUAUCUUGAAAGGGCUCAGGGACACUAUCUUCACUACUGAAAUUGUGGGAGAACUGGACGCCAAGACUGUGCAGCGCGUGGCUGGAGAGACUCUAGAGAUUUCCGAGAGACGUGCUGCCCUUCAAAAUGAAAUAACUCAACUAGAGGGGGUUUUGGGUGUUCUAAAGCCCGUCUAG